CGUCCAUACAUGCUGACAGACCUGCCCAUUCUCAAGCAGGAUGUUCCCCUGGUUGAGGCAGAAUAUAUCCCGGGCCGAAGAACACUUACCAUGGAGACAACCAUGACAACAUUGAUGACGACAACUAGUCGACUUAUGUUGGUUUCUAGAAUAUGCCAUGCGGUGACCAGGUUCGGGAUAACAUGCCCUACAAUCCCAGCAUCUAGUAGUAGCAAAACUAGCUCUAGCUCAAGCAAGAGCGAAGUAUCAAAAACAACGACAACAACUACGACAACCGACAUUACGACAAGCACCUCUUCCACUAUCACUACUAAGACUAAAACAACUGCUAAAACAACUACAAAAACAAUGACUGCUACCAGGUGGGAGGAAAAAGAGCCUUGUGACGAUGAUGAACAUCCCGACUACCCUCAUCACCAUCCUGUUCCUCCAAAGAAUGAAGAUGAUUGUGACGACGACGAUUUUGAUGAUGAUGAUGAUUGUGAUGAUGAUGACUACUAUUAUUUCCAGGACAGUCACGACUUUGUUGAGAAAUAUGCAGUCGAAUUAGCCCUUCCUAUGGCAAACACCAAACCUAAGCGCCCUCGUAUUACCAGUGAAUAUAACAACACAAAAAUUGUGGCCGCUUCUCUAGAUCCAGACUACGACGAUUUGGGCCAAAAUAAUAGUCACUUUCGUCAAUUCAAAAAUUAUUCUGGGAGUUACAAAAGUGUCGAGAACAAAUCAGCACAUUUCCUUUCGUCAAUGUUCCUCAAUGCUCUGUUCGCAUUACUCAUACUGGUGAUUAUCGUGUGACGAAGACUGCUUUUCAAUAGGUUUGUAAUAUAAAUAAUUAAACAAGAGUUAAUAUAAAAAAGAG